AUGUCACCUCUAAAAUAUAUGGGAAAUUCUGUAACUUCAUGCUUGUUAUUCUUAGCUUAUUUUAGUCCCAGUAAAGUAUAUAGUAACUCUUUAAGAUCCGAUCGUUAUAUUCUUACCUCUGGAUAUGUUAAUACAAAUAAUACAAAGGAUUGUAUUAAUUCUACUCUUCUUAGUGGUAUAGAUAAUUUCCAUAAUAUUGCGGAAUUAAAUGAUAAUAAUAAUAUAACAAAUUUAUCUCAAUAUUUAACUGAUAUAAAUAUGGAUAAUAAUAGCAUAUCCGCUUUAUCAAAGAGUAAUAAAGAUAUUCCUAGCGAUAAUAUAAUGGACUCUGUAGAAAAAGGAUAUAAAGUAUCCAAGGAUUCUGUAACAAUAAUAGAGGAUUCUAUGGAUCUAUCAAAGAAUUUUGUUGGGAUAUUAAAGGAUUCUGUUGAUAUUUCAAAUGAUUCUAUACAUGAUAUGUUAAAUAAUUCUUUAGUAAUAUCAGAGAAUUAUAUAGAAAAUUUAGAUUCCAUUGAUAUAGAGGAGUUAGUAGCAGUUCCUGAGUUAAUGCAGUAUGGAUAUAAAUUACGAAGGAAAAUGCCAGUCAUUAAAAGUAUAAGGCCUAUCAGACCAAGGAGACGAACUAGAGGGAGAGAACCUAGUUCUUAUCCUGAAACAGUGACUUUCAUUAAUGAAGAAGAUUUUGUAGAAAUGUGGGAACCAUAUUGGGAUUAUGAGUUAUAUAAUUAUAUUUUAAAUAAGAGAAAGAACUAG